AUGAGCGAAGUAUGUCGUUACGAGAUAUACGUUCCAGGUGGCAUUUGGGUUGCUCAGACUCUUGGUGAUGAUCAUAAUGCCAAAGACCAAGACGAGGUGUGCUUUGUUGCUGGCAUUGCCCCUCAAUACAUUCGGUCUGCUCAACGCUUCAAGCUCACUUCUGGAGGGGCGACCACAAGGUGGUGCCGCUUCUUAUCAGCAAUGGGUAUCUAUCCCUCGCGGGCAAAGCCUUUGCAUGCAGAGCAUGGAAUAGACUGUGCUUUUGGGUCUCAUGAUGGAGAUGAAGCCUUCCUCUUCUCUGGGAAUCUCUGCGCACCGAUUAAUUACUCACCAGGCACCCUAAAGGGCUUAAUCACCAAACCCCUGAUGACCAUCACUGCCAUGUUCCCCUUCUUGAAAAAGAGGGAGUUUAAGAGCAGCAUAGACGCCGCGUUUGAGUCAACGAGAAAAUAUGAAGCGUAUCUCUUCAAAGACGACCGGUAUGCUCUUAUAAACUACGGUUCUGAACUUCUGAUAAUCCCCGCCUCAUCCACGUCAAGCUCAUGGCUGACGGCUUCCCCGGUUUGA